AUGAUGGCCGCUUACCAAAGCCCGGAGGAUGACGCAAUGGCCUUAAUGAUCCAUGACACCAACACGACGAAGGAGAAAGAGCGACCAAAAGAGGAGCCGGUCCAGGACAAAGUGUCGGAGAAGCCGGACCCGUCCCAGAAACCGCCGUACUCCUAUGUGGCUCUCAUUGCCAUGGCGAUCCGGGAGAGCUCCGAGAAGCGCCUCACUCUGUCCGGUAUAUACCAGUACAUCAUCAGCAAGUUUCCCUUCUAUGAGAAAAACAAGAAAGGCUGGCAGAACAGCAUCAGACACAACCUGAGCCUCAACGAGUGCUUCAUCAAGGUUCCCCGGGAGGGCGGCGGGGAGAGGAAAGGGAAUUACUGGACACUCGACCCGGCCUGUGAGGACAUGUUUGAGAAGGGGAACUACAGGAGACGCCGCAGGAUGAAGCGGCCUUUCAGACCUCCACCGACGCACUUCCAGCCGGGGAAGGCUUUGUUCGGAGGGGACGGCUACGGCUACCUCUCCCCGCCCAAGUACCUGCAGUCUAGCUUCAUGAACAACUCGUGGUCGCUAGGCCAGCCGCCCACUCCCAUGUCCUACACGUCCUGUCAGAUGGCCAGCGGCAACGUGAGCCCGGUGAACGUGAAGGGACUGUCUGCGCCCUCGUCCUACAACCCCUACUCCCGCGUGCAGAGCAUGGCGCUGCCCAGCAUGGUGAACUCUUACAACGGCAUGAGUCACCAUCACCAUCCAGCGCACCCGCACCAUGCUCAGCAGCUGAGCCCGGCCACCGCGGCGCCGCCCCCGGUCUCCUCCAGUAACGGAGCGGGCCUCCAGUUCGCGUGCUCCCGCCAGCCCGCGGAGCUCUCCAUGAUGCACUGCUCUUACUGGGAACACGAGACCAAACACUCGGCGUUACACACGAGGAUUGAUAUUUAA